CUCUAGUUCUCCAACUCUUGUUAUUACGUAAGCGGGACUGCUCAACCGCGACUGCCAUGAACCUUACGGACAUCAAUUGUUACCAUGCUAUUUUAUUCAAUUGCGAACAAGAAAAAAAUAAAGAUAUUUCAAGUUCCCAAUUAUUUAUUUUCAGUUACAACCACCAUUCCAAUAUGAUGACGUAAACUUUUUCGCCACUCAAAAGAGCAUUUUUGGCAAUUUUAUAAAAAGAAGAAUGGCACCACAGAAGCGCAAGAAACCACACGACGUGCCCCCCGAGGUGAUUGUCGUACAACCACGACGUCCAACAAGACAACAUCCAUCCCCAGAUGAACAAGAAUCGGGUCAUAUCCUAAGAAGCGGUCGCAUGCGCGCUCACACAGCCGAGAAGGAGAAGGAGAAUGUCACCAUCAAUGGGCAUGCGCCGAUAGAAACCACAACUGCAGCUUCACGAGGUAGAAGGAAGGAUGCGUCCAGGACAACGAGACACACUAGUACAUCAGAUAAGCCUUUGAAGGAGAACAUACAACCAAAUGAUGGCGAUGUAGUGGAAGUAAUUGAAAUAGAGGAUGACGAAGAAGAUGAGGAAAGAGAGGCAAACGAGGAAAGGAACGAGCCGAUAAGACAAAGGCACAGCAGACACACUCAACAAAAUGCCCAGACAUCGAUAGCGCCAUCAAUGACGAGGUCCCCACCUCCCCAGACUCGACUCAUACCACCCAAAUCUUCCUCUCACCAACCCAAACAAGAAACUUCGGCACGCUCAGCACACACAGCCCAGAUUUCAACUCCCAAGCGUCCUGCCUCCUCCUCAGACCGACACCUCAAGCCACCGCCAACACCACGGUCAGACCGCAACAUCGAUAAAGUCGUGUUGGGGAACAUAUCCUUUAAGUCUUGGUACCCGUCGUACUACGGCAAAGAUGUGCUGGGCGAUCCAUCCGGCAAUAAUGUGGAGGGCGGCGGGAAGAAUGGGGCCAAGGUAGGAGGCAAAGUGGGCGGUGGUAAAAAGGCACCGUACAUGCUGGAGCGACUGUACGUGUGCCCGUACUGCUUCAAGUAUGCAAAGGACUUGACGCCUUGGUGGACGCAUGUCAAGGUUUGCGAGACCAGCUUUGAGUUACCGGGACGAAAGGUUUAUACUCAUCCUAAAGGGGUGCAUACGAAGGUCGUGAAGGCCCCGGGCGCUGUGGCUGCAGAGACUGCUGGCAAGAGUAAGGGGAAGAAGAGGGGGGAUGUUCAUGGUGGUGACACUGUCUCGUUGGCCACAGAGCAAGUGGUUCAUGACGAGGGUGAGUGGAGUGUGUGGGAAGUUGAUGGGGAGAAGGAUAAACUAUUCUGCCAGAACUUGUCCCUGUUCGCGAAGCUCUUCCUAGAUAACAAAUCGGUGUUCUUCGACGUUACGGGGUUCAACUAUUUUCUCCUCGUCUACACGCCUCCGCCCCGACCAAAACAUACCACGCAAACCCCUCCUUCCCCUCCGCUCGCAAGCUCAACCAAUGAUCAACCCUCUCCACAGCAACUGCUGUCACCAUCUGUAUCAGAAGGAACAAAGAGUCAGGCACAGGUAGUAGGCUUCUUCUCAAAAGAGAAGCUGUCCUGGGAUAACAACAACCUGGCCUGUAUUCUGGUGUUCCCGCCCUGGCAACGUAAAGGUCUUGGCGCUUUGCUGAUGGGCGUUUCGUACGACAUCUCGCGGCGCGAGGGCAUACUCGGUGGGCCUGAGAAACCGAUUUCGGAGCUCGGCCGUAAGGGGUACAAGAGGUACUGGGCAGGCGAGAUCGCGCGGUGGCUUCUGGGACUGGAGAUCGGGGGAGCUAAUGAAGAAAAAGAGGAGAAAGAGAAGGAAACGCUCGUUACUAUCGAGCAGUGCUCCAAAGCUACCUGGAUCGUCCCCGAGGACUGCCUCGCCGUGCUCCGGGAGAUGGGGCUCGUCGAGGACGCGGGGCUCGGUCCUGCUAGCGAGCCUCUUGCUACUACUGGCGCCGCAGACAAUCACAAACACGGUCACGGCACUGGUGGGAAGAGCGAGGUAGUCGUUGACGAGGAGAUGGAAGGGGAGGAUGCGAAGACGAAGGUUAUGGUCCCCCGCGUCCGCCUCGACAAAGAGGCUGUUAGGCGCUGGGUGGCGGCCAACAAGAUCGAUCUUAGGAGGGCGUGUGAUCCCGAGGGGUUUGUGGAGGGGUACGCGGUUAAGGAUGUGGAGGGGGCGGAUAUGGAUGAGGAUUAGAUUUCUGUUUGCCCUGGCGAGCUGGGUAUGGUAAGGGAGGUGUGCCUAUGUGUGCCUAGGUUCUAGGUUAGGUAAAUAAAUAGGUAGGUAGCUAAAGUUACUGAGAAGAGGAGAUAUAUGGUGAAGAGAAAGAGAAUGAUAGAUCGAGAUACCCCCUUUACUUUUGAUCUGAUAUUUUUUUUUUUA